GAUGGACACGUUUCUUCUCGCAACUUCCAGACCCCCCGCGCCGAUCCUAGAAACAUGAUCCUAGUUUGCGAAUGCACAGGACGGACACAUUCUUCCGUUGACGAAAUCAGGGCGAUAGACACGACAUCCGCCCCCACAGCUCCAUGCCCAUAGUCCCUCUGUCCCAGGAUUAUGGUCUAUCUCGGCAAACCCUCGAGAGCAUGUGCUCACUGCAGGAGAAGGAAACUCCGGUGUGAUCUCCGAAGCCAGGCUUGCGGUCAGUGUGUGAGGGCAGGCUUAGUGUGUGGAGGUUAUCGUGAUCCAAACCAGCUCAGGAUUCAAGAUGAGAGCCAAGCGACGCGGCAGAAAGCUAUGGUCGGCAUGGUUAAAGCCCUCCCACCGAGGGUGCAGAUACCCCUGGAUGAGAAAGCCAAGGGCGCCUUCUUCUCCCACUAUGUGAUCGGCAUGGGAAGGACAUACGAUGUCCUCGAACGUAUCGACACCCAGUCCUCACCAGACCUGCAUCUGACUGCCAGUGUCGAGGCAGUCAGUCUGGCCUUUUUCCAUUUUCAGUAUAAUUCCCCCAAAGCUUCGUCACUGGCCCGUGAGAAGUAUCUGUCGGCUUUACCUCUCGUCAACAGUGCUCUGAGGUCGCCUCAACAGCUGGCAAGUGAUUCGACCCUGCUCUCUAUCCUCUUUCUGGACCUGUACGAGAAAAUAAUGCACAACGAUCCCAGGUCAUCGGAAGCAUGGAUGUCUCAUGUUAGGGGAGCUUUAGCUUUGUUCAAGUUUCGAACGCAGCAGCAAUUUCGGACGUAUGUCGGGCGGCGCUUGUCGGUGCGUCUUUUCACAAACAUGUUGAUCAGCUGUGUCGGGGCGGGCGCACCUGCUCCAGUUGCCUUACUCCGGUUGCGUCAAGAGGUAGCCUCGCAUAUUGACGAUUCUGACCCAAAAUGGCGAGUGACGGGUCUUGUGAUGGAAUAUACACUCCUCCGAGCCGAGUUGGACAGUAAGUUAUUGUCGAACAAUGAGAAGAUCAGGCUUGCAAAAAAGCUCGACCACAAAUUCAAGGUAUUGGCAGACAAUUUGCCGGCAUCUUGGGUUCGCCACCGUAUUUCCCUCGAUAAGCAGUCCACCGACGUGCUUGAACCAUAUUACGAUGUUUACCCGGACUACUUCGUUGCCCAGACUUGUAAUGUCAUCCGAAUCAUGAGAAUUUGCUUGAAUGAGUCUAUCAGGACGAUUUAUACGGAGAUGGCUGGUGAGGGUGAAGAUGCCGAGUACAAUCGGAGCUGUGGGCUGUUCGCGUCUCAGAUCAUCGACGCCAUGGCCAAGGAAAUUUGUGCAGCCGGUCCUCAGUUGACUGGGGGCGACAACAUCGUGUCCAAGAAAGACGAUUUCUCUCCCGUCCGUAGACUUCACUGUUACACUCUCCUAUUCCCCUACUAUAUGGCCGCCAGAUACGCCAGUCCCGAGACGAAUAUCCUGCCUUGGGUUCUCAACCAGCUAAAGUCCAUUGCAAGUAAUCCUGGAAUUCGACACGCUGAACGAGUUGGCAAGUUGCUGGAAAGUGGAGAGCAUCUCCCUCCCUGGUCAGUAUAUUGCAUACUGGGAAGCUAUGCAUUUGCUGCAUAGAUAUGAGAACUCCUCAAGGUAUACAAUAGGGCAGAGGAGCAUUGUGCGUCAUCAAUUUCACGACCUGGCAUCGAACUCUGGAUUCAAUACAAUGGAUCUGGAGUUUCAGUCGCCUUUGGGGUGAUUCCAUCUUGUUGCGA